AUGGUGAAUGACACCUACUUAAUCCGGUUUGCGGUAUGUAGAGAAACUGCAUCGGAGGAAGACAUCCACCACGCUUGGAGUGUCAUUCGCGUUUAUGCUGAAGAAAUCAUCAAGGCGGAGGCAAGUCUUCGGCAAUGGCGGGCUCAUACAAACAUGGGCAUACGCAAGAAACGAGCAUCCAGACAGGCCCAUUUGCAAGCUUUGUCAAGCUCAGUCCAAAGUAAGGUAGCUGAUGGCUCCAGCUCUGCGAAUGCUAGCAGCGGUAUCUGUGACCAAGGAGAGGAAGUAGAGUUAGAGGAAGAGGACGUAUUCCAGGUUAAACCAACAGAUAAAAGUCACGAAGAAUCUGGCGAAUCAGGCUACAGAGAGAUGGGCCUUGAAGAUAGCAUUUGCGGCUCAGAAAAAAUGCCCCUGAGUCCAAGUAAAGCUAGUUCAGAGGAAAAACGACUGAGACGACGUAGCAGUAGCCGACGUGAAAGUAGCAGCGACCGUCUUAUCUCGUCCCCCUUGCUCAAACGCAGCUGGCAGCCUCCUCGACAGCCAGGCAUCCGCCUAUCCAUGUCAUCUGCAGUCCGCGAUGGCAUUGGCACAGAUGAGACCAGUGAAGACAUGCUUGAGGGAUCGUUCAGUGAGGAAGAGCUUGAGGAUGACGAUAUUGUACAGCUGGCUCAUGCAAGACUGGCCGCGCUGAAAGCAGAGAAUGCCGCUGAAGCGUACAAUGUGCUGGAGACACAGAUGCGUAAUAUGGGUCUUCUCGACGACGAUGUCGUUCAGGCAGAAGCGAACGGAGGUAGCAAUGGUGAUCGAGAAAGUGCCGGUCAUUCAGAGGCAUCAAUGCCCAUGAAUAAAGCCUCCAGCGCAACGAAAGCAGCUGCAUCCACUGUUGGUGAUACCGAGCCCAAAAGACCUGCCGUGAAUGCGGCCGGAGCCAGUUUCAUCGAGCGCCUCCUGGGACCACAGGCAGCAGGUCAAAUAAUGAGCCCAAUCGCCCGAAGUCUAGCCGGCGUUGGUAGUUUAGAGGAGACAGCAGAAAGUGAGGACGACAGCAACAUGCAAAAAUGUGAAAAGAUGGAAGAGAUACGUUCGAAUGAAGACGAAACGGCGACUAAAACGGCUCAGUUGGAUGAAGGGUCAAAAACGGAAUUAAACAAGAUAUCCGAAGAAGUAAACCAAGAAGAGAAGGCAGAAGAGGAAGACAGACAAAAUGAAACUCCUGGAGAUACAAAACAGGACCAAAAGAAGGAGCUGUUCGGGGAGGAAGAAAAUUGUUUCACACCACCCCUACCUGAGAGGCAACAACAUACUCCACUCGACUACGGCCGAAUGCGCUCAGCCACAAUCGAUUUACCGGAGCAAUCCACCUGGCAACCUGACGUCACUCCUCGAGGUAGACUCAACUUGGCAGCAAGUGCAUCUACACCACUGGCUCAAAAAAAUCUCAGCCCGACCUCGGCCAUUGAACCUACUGAAGCUAGUUCGAACAGCGCAACCUGGAGGGACCCUACCAGAAUCCCACCACAAGCCGGCAGGUUGCAACAACACUCCAUUUCUUUGGACGCAACAGCAUCCUCAAUAGCCCGAAGACUUAGUUUAAAUGUUUCUAGAGGUUCCGAAGCCUGUCAAUUGUCGGCUAGUGGGUCUAGCCCAGUAGUUGCCCGCCUAGUGUCUUCUAUGGUUGAUCGACGAACGCCCAUCCCAGCUGGUGCAGUCCGACCGCGUAGUUCCCUCAUCCUCACACCCACCGGGCUCUCUGGUUCCGGUGGCACAGAUGAGUUGGAUGAGACAAAUGAGUUUGUUGCAGCCCUCCAGAAGCCACCGAGGCUGAACGAAGAACCGGAAGAAGAGGAACUAGGUGAACUGCAAACGAACCGCAGGAGUCGCAGAGAGGAAGAAGAGAGUGAAGAGGAAUCAGAGGAUGAAGAUCAUGUAUUUGUGUGUGAUGGAGAUUUAGGCGUUGGGGUCGCCCGUGACGCCACUCUUACACGUCUUCGCAGACAGACCCUUCUCAAGAUGAUAUCUGACCCAGCCUCUUAUGAUCGCAAAGCGCUGCGAUCACUUUGCGUCUGCCCGGCACACAAGCGUCGGAUCAGACCCGGUUCAAGUGGACUGACUGCCUCACCGCUUGGCUCCAGCCAGGCUGCUGAGGGUGCCAAUGGAUGUACUGCUAUGAACUCGGAAGAGCGAAGCUCGGGCAUCGAUAACAUGAAUGGAAAUGAGCUCGAAGCACCGGCAAGCCCCACCAUAGACCUUGCACUUGAAAAGCAGAUGACUCCGAUUUCUCGGCCUCACUGGCGCAAGGGAUUGAGCAACAGCGCUAGCGUCCCCUCAACUGCUGGUUCAGUGAAUGCUGCUGUAGGGUCACAAUACCUGCCCACCUGCCCAAGUGAACAUCUACUAAAACAGGAUCUCGAAUCAAAUAGUUGUGGUAAAAAUAGACAUGAAAGGAUGAGAAAGGAUCAGCAAGAACUGGUUGGUGUAACCGAUUUGCUUGACCAAGAACCUGCUGCUGGUCAACAUCGACGAGUUACCACAAUCGAGGAUCUGAGCUCGCGGCUUGAAGGAGGAGAUUGUGCCAUGGCGCUUGGUCAGGGCGCGCCUAGACGAUGCACGGUACAACCAAACACAAGUGAUCUGCUGCCGGGCCAAUUGAAACCCAGCACGCCCGCAGAGAUUGCAGUCUCUCUUCUGGCAGCAAUAGGGAUCAGCCCCAACGAGGAUCCAGCUGAGAGAGAUUUACAAACAUCAAUCAAUAACCAACCUACCGAUGCCACCUCCUCCUCCCCCUCCUUUACCUCAGAUCGGGUGGUAUCAGUGCAGCCGCUAGUUGGAUCUGAGAAAGAUUGUCGGAUCAGCAAAUCCUCAGAGAUCGUGUCAAAAUAUCCUGCCCCACUGUCUGGCUCUUCAGAUGUGAGUUCUAUCCAUAAUAAGGUAAUUCCAACUCCACCAGAUGCGAAUGUCUUGACUGCUGAAGCCAAUUAA